AAAUGACUUAAAUCCAAGUAAUUGAUCUAAUGAUCGAAAUCUGUUUUGAUCUCAUAAAUUCAAGGUAAAAUCUAUCUUACAAAAGCAUGAUUUAUUUCUAAAAUCUAUAUCAAUCUCGAAAUGGCUAGCCUUCUAACUCGUUACUUCCCAUGGUUUCCCCGUCCUCGGUUUCGCUUCCUAAAAUGGUGGACAAGGAAAAACUAUGAGAUAAACUCAAUAAGAAGCGAAAUCGAGGACAAGGAAACCACAGGAAGUGACAAGUUAGAAGGCUAGCCAUUUCGAGAUUGAUAUAGAUUUUAGAAAUAAAUCAUGCUUUUGUAAGAUAGAUUUUACCUUGAAUUUAUGAGAUCAAAAUAGAUUUCGAUCAUUUGA